UACAGGCUCUGAGGGCACAACAACCAUGAAGGCUUUUCCCAUUGCCCUGCUGGCUGCGGUCCUGUGUGUCAAGCAAGCUUCCUCACUUUUUUGCUAUACAUGUGAAAAUGAACACUCCAACUGGAACUGUCUUAAAACAUACAAGUGUGAAGAUCAUGAGAAAUACUGUACAACAACAUACAGCUCUGUUGGAUUUGGCAAGGACACGGGAUAUCGUAUCACCAAGAAAUGUUCUGCCGACUGUCCUGAGACAAAUCUGAACUUCGGUGUAGCAGCUGUCUCCACCAAAUGCUGCAGUACUUCCCUGUGCAAUUUCAGUGGUGCCAACAGCGUAAAAAUCAGCUACGCCGUGAUGGUCCUGGGUAUUGUGGCCAGUUUUAUCUGUGUCAUCAGGGCAGGAUUGUGAUGAGGCUAGGACGGUGAGAGGACUUGAUAACCUGAGAAUUCAAGUGGUCUUCCCCAACGGAGAAACCGACAUCUUCUGUGACAAAUGUUUCCACUGGGCUUAACGCUACCCUGUUUUUUCCAAGAUAUUGUUUCAGAUAACAUCCACAGAAAGGCACAGAAAGGUUUUUCUUCCCCUAUACCAUUUGUUGUUUUGUAUUAAUUUUUCCUUGGGAAAGCUGUUUUGAUAGCAUGUAUGUGACAAUAAUCAGAUAAAAUAAAGAUUUAGGUUAUUCUAGUGUGUGUUUGUUACAUCCACACUAAGCUU